AUGAUGUUUAAAAAAGGAAAUACAACAAAUAGUUCAACGCAACAAAGACCUUCUUUAGGUCGAUUUGCUGCACUUAUUAAUAAUUCAAUAGAAGAUACGGACCAAGAUGAUUUUAUUCCGACCACACAAAAAAGAUUUUCACAAGUUCAUAUACAAACAACAAAAAGAAAAUUACCGAAUUCAAUUACUACUACAAAUUCAGUGGAAAAGAAACGAACGAAAAAAACAAAUCUUUUUCAAGAUGUUGUAUCAACCACACCGGUAUAUUUCAAAGAAAGUCAUAAUUCUACAUCUCCACCAUGGCUUAAUUUGCCAAUAGAAAUCGUUCAACAUAUUUUUUCUUAUAUUCCAAUUAAACCAUUAUUAACACAAAUUGCUAGAGUAUGCCAAAAAUGGCAUAUAGCAGUUCAUGAUGAAAAAUUUCUUCGAUGGGCAAAAAUUCAUUUACGUUAUGAAUAUGAAGAAAUCGUAACAUUGAAAACAAUUGAUCAAAUGAUCAAUCAUUCGGACAAUGUGCUUCAAAAAAUUCUUCAACGAGUAUCUGCGAUUAUGAUCGAUAAUCCUAUUGAUGAGAAAACAAUACAAUUUAAAUUUCCAUUGUCAACAUUGAUUCAACUUGAUAGACAAUUACGAAAACAUACAAUGUAUCAAUAUGCUAUUGAUCUAUUAUCAAAAAAUAAAAUGCAACAAGAUUUUCUAUUAUUGAAUUCAACUGAAAAAAUUUUUAAUCCACUUAGUACAACUACAGCUAUCUAUAUAGUAUCGAAUACUAUUGAAUCUAUGCGUAAAUUAUUUCGUCUUUGGAUUACAAUCGAUCAAUUAAAAUAUGAAACAAUAAUGGAUUUCUUUUACUUUCUUUUAACAUUAUUCACUGGUGCUGCUCGAUUGUGCAAUCUACAAUUUCGGUAUCCUUAUCGUUUACAUUAUUGUCUGAAAGAAUAUGAAGAUCAAUUAUUAAUACAAUACAAUUCUAUUGGCCAACACAUUCUCAAUAUUGAUUCCUCUUAUACAAUUUAUUCAACAAUUUUAUCAAAAUUAUUAUUAACAGCUGAACAAGAAACUAUUGUAUGUCACAAUUUAGACAACCGACAAACAAUGAAAAUAAAUGCGUAUGCAGGCACAGGCAAAACAACAACACUAAUAGCCUAUGCAGCCAAACGAAUGGACGAAUCAUUUCUUUACGUAGCCUAUAAUAAAGCCAUUCAAACUUAUGCUGAAAAAGUUUUUCCACCAAAUGUCAAGUGUCAAACGGUUCAUUCCCUUGCUUAUGCUAAAAUUGGUCGUCAAUUUGAAGGUCGUCUCGGUAAUUUACGUCUGAAAAGUAUUGUUGAUAUUAUUAGUGACCGACCGCUAAUUGGCGAAAAAGGUCGAACCGUUAAUUCGUUAUAUAUUCGUGCUCGUUUUGUUUAUAACACAUUGAAUAAUUUUAUUGCUUCUGCUGAUCCAAUGAUAACAGAUGAACAUGUUGAGAAUUCUUCAUCAGUAUCUUCGGGUGAAUCCAAUAGUCAAGUAGUUUUAAUACCACAAGAAAAAUCGAAUUUAGCAGCUGACGCUCGAUGUAUCUGGGCGAUUAUGAAAGAUGUUCGUGAUAUACGAGUUUUGAUGACACAUGAUGGUUAUCUAAAAUUGUAUCAAUUAUCGAAACCUCAAAUUCAACUAUACGAUUGUUUAUUUGUCGAUGAAGCUCAAGAUCUUACACCAGCUGUUACUGAUAUUAUUAAUAAUCAGCGUGUUUCAAAAAUUCUCGUUGGCGAUAAACAUCAACAAAUAUAUGCAUUUCGUGGUGCAGUUAAUGCUAUGACAAAAAUUGAAUCAACAGUUACUUAUUAUUUGACUAAAUCGUUUCGUUUUGGGUUUGAUAUAGCUUUCAUAUCAAAUCUGAUUCUUCAAAAACUAUGUAAUGAAAAAAAAUAUCUUAUCGGAAAUAAUAAAUCAAGUUGUCUUGAUGGAAGAUCGGCGUCCAUUGAUAAAGUUACAAAAGACCAAAAAGCGUAUCUUUUUCGGACAAAUUACAAUUUAUUUAAUUGUGCUGUACAACUUAUUAUUGAAAAAGGUUUAAAACAUGUUUGUUUUGUUGGAGGUAAAGAGGCAAUGGGAUUUGAGAAAAUUCUCGAUGUAUUCUUUCUUUGGCUUGAUCCUGAGGAGCGCCGAAAAAAAAACUAUCAAAUAAAAGAUCCUCAGUUACAGUCAUUUUCAUCGUUUAAAACGUUGGAAAAAUUUUCACAAGACGUAGCUGAUGCUGAAUUAUUAGGAAAAAUAAAACUUGUUCAAUAUCAUGGGCAUUCAAUAAUUGAGAAGAUUAAACAAUUACAAGAAAAAUCUUGUACGGAUAUAAGUCAAGCUAAAAUUAUUCUAUCAACAGCACAUAAAGCAAAAGGAUUAGAAUUUCCAAUUGUUAUAUUAGCUGAUGAUUUUCUUCCACGUUCAAGUGAUUCACCGCUUGAACAAAUAUCUCUUGAUGAGCAUCGAGAAAAUUUAAAUAUACUUUAUGUUGCAGCAACACGUGCGACUAAAGAACUUAUUCUUAAUAUGGAUUUAUUUUAUUUAUUGUAUAAAAUGUGUCGAGAACCAUUUUAUGAUCUUUCAUAUUCGUCUAAUAUGGAGAAAUGUGCUAGUUGUACAAUCGAAUCAGAUACAUCAGCCAACGAAACCAAUAAAGAAAUUCUUUUGAAAGUUAAAUCUAUCCAAUUGUCAUGUAAUACAACGACGGCCGGAGAAUAUUCUCCAUUACCGGUUUGUUUAAAACAUUUACCCGAAUCAUUUGUCUCCAUGGUCCAACUUUAUCAAAAUGUUUAA